UUGUUUAGUUACCGCCUUAACAUCAGGAAAUCCAUUCACCCGAUGGAUCUGUAAAGUGGACUGGUUGUACAAUGUUGUUAGGCUAGCGAUGUAAACAGAAAGUGUUAGACGCACUGAAACUAGUUAACUUUAGUCUCUAAUGUUUGUUAACUAUAUUAAAAUUUUUGAAUAACCUGCUUACUGCACUUACCAAUCGCUACAAUAUAAAUUAAGCUGAUGUAACCUUAGUUAACGUUAUUUAGCUUGAACUGAGACGGCAUCGUUGCAGCUCAGUACAGUUAUGGCGAUGGUUAGCCCCCCAGCUGCUAACAUUAAUGCAGUCAGAGGUUGCUAGGUUGUUCAUCUUAACGCUUUAAAGCGUCGAAGCUGUCCACAGAGCCAGUACACUGUAACGUUAAGGCAGGACCACGGCUUGACCCACAGUGUCACUCUCAGCCAGAUGGAGGCUUCCUCCGGAUCUCCACAUAGUGCUGAUCUAAGCUCUGUCCUGUCAUCAUGCGAGCCAGAGCUCCAGGAGCUGAUGCGACAGAUUGACAUUAUGAUCCAUCAUCAGAGGAAGGAGUGGGAGGCUGAGAUCCAGGCCAUGGAGCACAGGCUGAAGAAUGGAGAAGAGGAGCUGUUGACUUCCAGAAACCUCAUUGAACGGAGGGACCUGGAGAUUGGAUUGCUCCGUAAACAGCUUGAAGAUGCCCAGGAUGGUCGACAAGAGUUAGUUACCAAGUACGAGCAACAGCUGCGGAAAGUCUGCGAAGAGUUAGAAAAAUUAAAAAGAAGUUACUACAAGCUUCAGUGCAAACAUGCCAAGGAGACAAGUGGAGGCUCAAAAGAGAGUGUUCUUUCAGAGGUGACAGGACUCCGUGGAAAUACUGAGGAAGAUCAGCGCUCUGCAGAGUGGGAGCAGCAACGCAUCCAGUACCAAAGACAGCUGACAGCACUGGAGGCCCAGAAUAAGAGCCUGACUGAUGAACUCACACAUGUUAAAUCCCAGUGGGCAUCAAGACAAAUGGAGAGGGAGCACAGGGAGUGCUGCUCCCAGGUGCAGCUUCUGCAAACCCAGCUGGAGAAGGCUCAGGGAAGCCUGCGCUCACAGGAGUUGGAACUUGAGCGACUUCGACCACUUGAGGUGCAGCUGGGACAGUACCAGAGAGGGCAGCAGAUUCCACAGGUGUUUUCAGAGGAACGGGAGGAGCCCCAUUCCACGCUGGACUCUCAGGAUGCGUUUAUGCGAGGAGCCAGUCAUGAGCGCCAGAGGCUUCGUAAUGAGACUGCUGGGCUCAAACAAGUACUGCAAGCUAAAGAUCAAGUCAUUCGCACCCUGGAGGACUGUCUGGCAGCUCAGGGCUGCACUGGUAUGGAAGCUCUCAGGAAAGAUCUGGAGAAAACUGCCACCAGACUCCACUCUGCCAAAGCAUGUGAGGUUCAUCUCAAGGCUGAACUGGCGUGUCUGAAAGAGAGACUGGAGAAGAUGAGCCGACAGAGAGCUGACCACUCCAAGAUGGAGCAAGAACUGAGGAGUAAUAAAACAGCAUAUGACUCUUGUAUUGCUGAAAUGACAAAGCUCAGAGAAGAGCUUCAAAGGGCCAAGCAGACUCACAGCGGAGAGGUAGAGGGCAUGAGGAAGGAGGUGUCAAAGUUGACCGGUGAGCUGCACCAGCGCGACCUCACCAUCGCCACGCUGCGUGGCUCUGUGGCCAGCGUCCAGCAGCAGCUUCGUGGUGAGGUGGGGCGAGCAGAACAGAGGGCAGCUGAGCUUAAAAUGACUCGUGCUCAGCUGGAGACUCUACAAACUGAGAACCAUCAUCUGAAGAGUCGGGUGCAUAGAAUGGAGUCUCAGUCACCUAAGAGAGGAGAUUCCGCACUUGCAUCCCUGAGAGAGAUUUAUGUGUCAUCUCUGAGCAGCCAGGAGCAGGAGAACCGACAACUGAGACAGGCCCUCAGUGAGUCGCAGACUCGAGAAGGGGUGUCCAACCAGGAGAAAUAUGAACAUGCCACGCUCGGCCAUGCCAUACCUGACCAUACACAGCCUGCUCAGGAUAAAAAUGAAGAUACUGCCAAAGCUAAGCUGCAGAAGAAUGCCACCCACUAUGAAGGCGAGAUCCAGAGGCUCUUCAAACAGCUGCAGACCCCGUCCCAGUCCCCCACAGAGCAGCCCUGCAGCCAGGCCCAGGACAGCAGGCCUCAUUCAUCAGCAUCCUCCUCCUCCUCCAGCAGCACAAGGCUCACCAGGAAAAACUCUGUGCCAAAUUUAUGUUCUAAUGAAUCUGUUGCUGAGGGACAACGCUCAAGCUCCGAAGACUCUCUGAAUCUUGUGUCCAGAGAUAAAAUCAUUCCCUCCGUCUCUCCACUGGAACCUUCGUCACCCGCAGACAGCAUGGUCACUCGUUUCCUGGAGGAAGAAAUGUUACGGACCCAGGAGCUGUUCCAGAGACUGGACACCCACAUCCAGGGUAUGAGAGAGGACAACAUCAGGACAGUGUCCAAGUACCUGCGUGAUGAGUCAGGGCCUGACUCUGCCCAGACUUCUGUAGAGAAUGGUCAGUGAUGGAGUAAGGUGGAAUAAAUCUGACAAAGUGCCUUCAACAGCAGUGCCAAAAUCUAUGUUCAUGUGCUGUCCAAAAGAGUGAAGGUUUUUCAAAAACUCCAGUGAACUGUCAGCAUGUAAGCAUUGCCAAGCCUGCUUUAUUUGGAUUUUCUCUUCACUGUGUACCUAUCUGUGUGCCGCCAGCAGCUGGAAUCACGUGGUUCAGCUUUUACGGUGUGUUUUCAUUCCAUUUUUAUCCUACCGAGGCAUCCUCAGAGAACGAGUGCAGAGAAACUGACUGGUCAAACACUUUGCCUCAUGUCUUGUCUUAAAAGUUGCACGUGAGCACUGCAGUAGACUGCUAAGAAGUACACACAUUCACAUAUAAACACAGUGGCGAAAGACAAACCAGCUCUCCUGCUGUUUUACACCCCUUUGAAUCUGUUCAUAGUCUUAUUAUAGGGUCAGAAUAGGAAGAGCGAAUAUGUCUGAUAAAAAGUUACAAGACUGUUUUCAUAAUGAAUAGAUUUACACUUUAAUUCAUAAAUGAUCAGAAAAUAGAGAGAGCAAGUUGAACAGUCUGAAAAGAUACUGAGUUUACAGAGCAAUUCUCUAAUAUCAUUUUUUGAUACUAUUCUAAUCGAUUAAUCAGGUAAGUGUUUAAGCUCUGGUCAGAUUGUAAUCUUGUGGAAAUCAUCAAAAAAGUAGAAUAGAUAAAAGAAAAGUGCACUAAACGCAUGGAUUAGGUCUCGCCUGCAGUGCAACAUGUUUAUGUCGUCACAGACAUAACACAUAAAGUGAGUCAUGAUGAUGCUGGUGUGUCAGGGCUGUAACACGUAUCGACUGCUCCUGAUUGGUUCAGUUUGUCAUGAGAAUCAGUCCAAGGGGUUUCGGUUCCACGCUGCCAUAUCUGUUGUACUGUAUCUAUAAAAGAUACUAAAGAUGCCUGACGCAUGGGCUCAGAUGUUUUGCAUUAUGCUGCGCUCCAGUCCAGCUUGUACGACCUCUAACAUUUGAGUGUUCUGAAGAGGAAACAAAACACAGGCAUAUGAUUGAUUUCCUUAACACAGAUGCUUUGUGUCAGAACUAAUUUUAAAAUUUUAUAAGUCAUGUUGCUACGUGUUCGUCUAUCAAUUUAUAUGUUGUUUUACCAGAUCAAGGCUGAAAUUUGUCUUAAAUGUGGUUUAACUCAGCCUUAAGAAGUCAGUGGCCCUUGGUGGUGUAUUCUGCACUUUUUCUGUGACCUCACAUAACUGACUUUUGAUUGCUGAAUUCCACAAGUUACUCUGUUCCAAUUUUAUAAAGAUGCCUGGAAUGCAGUAUUAAUAAGUGCUUUGCAUUUGCAUCCAGAGAAACAUAUGCUACUGUGAGCGGCAGUUUUGACAUUUUCUCCCUGCUCGUGUGUUAUAACUGGGAAAGCCCCAUAUAUCUACACGUAUGUGCAUGCCUGUCCACACAUCUCACACAGCAGGGAGGGAGAGGAGGCCGCUUAUACUGUGGCUCUCUUUAUUUUCUUGUUUACUCAUCUCCCAAACCCCUUAGCGCCACCUCCGUCACCACCCACCCAGCAGAGGCCCUCCAGCUAGUCUGGUACAGGAAUGUGUGUACCAUGCCAGUGCUGUCGUGAACCUUCCCCUGUGGCCUGCAUUGUCCUCAUCAUUAGAAAGCUUACGGAAUGUUAAUAUCAACCAUGUGCGGUGCUGAGCCUCAGAAAGGCUGAACGACUCGGGGGAAAUACUGAUAUUUUACUGCCUUCCUAAUGAAGGACACACUGCUAGAAUGGAAAUAAAGUGAAAAACCAU